AUGGACGCUGCUCCGGUGCCCGAGGGCUCCGGGCCGGGGGGGGUUUUGGAGGGGGACCGACUCCACGCCAGUGGGGCUGUAAAAAAGUCAGCGAGGAGCGAACAGGGGGCCCGGACGAGGCCGGCUAGGCCACCUAAAUCGGUUAAGUCGGCGUCGGGAAGCCUACGCAAGGCUACCACCAUCAAAAACGCCCAAACCACCGCGAGGCGCAACCAGGCAGACCUUGCCCGAGGGUUUCUUGGGGUGGAUCAGCCAGCUUCCCUUGACCCGGCCGGAUCUUCGGGGGACUCGGACCAGGGAAGGGUUGAAACUCCAUACCUCAGUGCGGAGUCCCUCAGCCCAAAGAGGAGCCCGGGCAGGCUGGAAUUCUGGUCUAUGACCAGCUCCCCGCAACACCGGGACCGUCCACAGGGGAGCGACUGUUCAAACUGGUCUGAGGGAAGUUUGGGGACCGAGGGGGGUAUGGCCGACCCGCGGCGGGAGCCGGCGCCACUAGUGCUGGGGCAUGAUAGCGACACCGACGAGGCUCUCUCCGAUGCAGACAGCAACAAGAGCUAG